GACGCCGUUUACAGCAGCCCUCGUUGAAUUUUUUCACCAAUUUGUGUGUGAGGUUAAUAUUUAUUUCGGUGGUUGCUAACAAACAAAAAUUUCAAUCUAAACGUUUACAAAAUCAAACGCAAGCACAACAAUGGCUGGCGGCAAUACACCGCGUGUGAUACAGGUGACUAAUAUUGCGCCGCAGGCCACCAAGGACCAAAUGCAAACGCUAUUUGGCAACAUUGGCAAAAUCGAAGAAAUCCGACUGUACCCCACCAUCAGGGAUGUCUCCUGCCCCGUCCAGUCGCGCAUUUGCUACGUCAAAUACACCGAGACGAGUAGUGUGCCAGUCGCUCAGCACUUGACAAAUACCGUUUUCAUUGAUCGUGCACUCAUCGUUAUCCCGGUGCUCGCUAUCCCUGAGGAGUAUCGUGCCCUGGAGAUGCUUAAGAAUGGCACCAUUGUGCCAGGCCUGCAAAAACCCGAUUCUAAAUUGCCACCAGAGGUGAUCAAUCGGAUCGAGGGCCAAUUGCCGCAGCAAGUGAUCAAAACCUACGAUCCCAAGCUGGUGGAAUUCAAUCUGCCCGAAUAUCCGGCGCUGCCUUCGUUCUACGAUGCUCGCAAGAUUGAGGAGAUCAGGCGCACCAUUAUUGUGUGCGAUGUGCGCAACGAAUGGCGUCUCGACGACCUUAUGGAGUGCUUUCAACGUGCCGGCGAAGUGAAGUACGCACGCUGGGCCGAGAAGGAUAACAAGACCUUUUGCAUGAUUGAGUUCUGUGAACAGACGAGCGUCAUUCACGCUCUUCGGCUGCAGGGACAGGAGUUCAAGGGUGGUCACCUCAGUGUAUACCAUUCCACGUACUCUAUUACUAAGCCCGAGGCGAAAUCCAAUGAAGCCGCACAGGCAGAGAUUGAGGAGGCCAUGACUAUUGUGAAGGAGGCACAAAGCAUGAUUUCAGCGGCCAUUGAUCCCGUCAUUGGCAUGCUGGCCAAGGACAAGCGACGACGUUCCCGUUCACGCUCCCGUUCGCGCGAGCGUCGCACCAGCAGUCGCAGCCGAUCGCAUCGCUCCAGCUCUCGGCGACGACGUCGUUCCGGUUCCCGGGAGCGACGCAGUGUCUCCAGAUCGCGACGCUCGCGUUCGCGUGGCAAGCACUCGUCCAGAUCGCGUAGCAAACGCUCGCGUUCCCGCCAUCGUCGUAGCAGCUCACGAUCCAGACGCUCCCGCUCCAGAGGUGGCAAGCAUUCGCGUUCGUCACGCUCUCGCGGCAAGCGAUCCCGAUCACGUCAUCGUCGCAGCAACUCACGCUCCAGACGCUCGCGCUCGCAUGGCGGGGGUGGUAGCAGUGGAAAUGGCAAACGGUCUAGAUCACGUGAGCGCAGCAAGAAAUCGCAUCGUGCACGUUCGCCACGAUCACGCAGCAAACGCAGCUCGCCAUCGCCGCCGCCAGUGAGCAGCAGCAGCAAAUCUCGCUCAAGCCGCAGCAAAGAUAUUGCACCAAUAUCAUCCAGCACCAAGUCAUCGUCGUCAUCCUCGUCGCGUCGUCGUUCCCGGACUCCCGAGUCAUCGUCACGCAAGCUGAAGGCAAUCAGCGAGGAUAACAACGAGUCAAAAGCGAGUUCCCGUAAAUCUGUGAGCGUUGAGAAGUCGGAUAACAUGGAUAUAUCCAAUUCACCCUAGAAAGAUAGAGAGAUCAACUAUUCAGAGAGAUUUUGAUAUAAAAUACACUUCAAAACCAAACUAAUCUUUUGCUUUUUAUCUCAAAUCGAAAAGAAUUCGAUUGGAUUUUGUAUUCGCUGAUCUGUAGUUCCAAGUAAAAAAGUUCAUAUUUCAAAAUUCAGCAUUUAUUUCCUCCCUCUAUUGUUUAUUUAAGUUAAGAAGCAUUACAACAACAUACAAUACUAAAAUUGUUAGCCUAAGUUCAUAAACUUUGUGACUGUUUCAAUCGAGGACUUACCUUGCAGAUUAAAAACACUCAAACUAAA